GACUGAGGAAUUGUUUUUUUCCUUCCAAUUCUUCUUUGUCUCCAAAACCAUAUCUUGUCAAUACAUUUCCUCAUAUUACUGAGCUCCUAAACUUACUACGUGUUAAUUAAUUCAACAGGUGUGUAUUAAGGCACUGUGCCAACCGCUGAGGAUUCGAUCAUUCAGAGCAAACAAGACAUGAUUCCUGACCUCAAGGGGCUCACAGCCUGCCGCGGCGCUGCUAACCACAGCUGGGAAUGAAGGAAUUCCUCCGCGUACGGAACUGCAGGGACUCUCAACAGGGCGGCUCCCAUUCACACACAGAGCGCGGGGGCGGCCACAUUGCCUCCUGAACAAAGCCGCUGAGGAUGCGAGGUGUCAAAGCAGCCCUGUACGGAUCAGCGCAGGCUCGGAGGCCACUCGCUCUGCUCGCCCAGACAGGAAGCGAGAGAGUUCAUCCAUAUGGAUGUGACCGGCGUUUGGGGACCUGAAAACACAGCCGCAGAUCUGUUUUGAUGAAGUGUCCGUGUCACGGGAGCGCUCACGUCCUCUGAACCAGUUCAGUCCUGUCUGCACGCCUCCAACUGGGACUGAGAAACAUUUACCAGGUAUGUACCUUCCAAUAAAAUUUAAACAGAAAACAGGUCGAAAUCAACAUUUAGGUCCAUGAAUAUUGAUUGGCAGGAGAGUUUGCCGAGUUGAAGGAAAAUAAUAGAGUAUUGGAAUUCAGUUGCUGGUUCUUUCUAAGGAAUAAAGAAAUACAUUCCAUAGUUUUCCAUUUGGUCAUUGCCUUUCUUAUUGCCAGGGAUCUCCGUCUGCAGUUAAAUCUUUAUAGAGAUCUAUCCAUGUGUAUGCCUUACGAAAACAUUUUACAAAUAUAAUUGCUGGUUCAUGGGGGGGGGGCGGAGUAAGUUGUCAGUAAAUCAACAUGUAACAUCUUCACUCUAUACAAUUAAAAAACCUUGUCUAAGUUCUACGUGGUCAGAAGAGGACUUCCUUCACAUGGUGCUUGCUGAACAUUCUGCGAGGACCCAACGACCUUCUCCCACGGGUUGGCCUGUCAUCCACCCAACUUCUGGUCCUAGUUGUUUGUAGAAUGGUGAAUAGGAAGCUGCAUUCUGGGUCUGGUCUGUGAAAACGUCCUUCUGAUCACCUGUUUUGCUUUUUUCAGGCAUCUCUUCUUUUAGAAGAGAGCAGAAAAGAUGAAGUCCCAGGGGUUAGUAUCAUUCAAGGAUGUGGCUGUGGAUUUCACUCAGGAGGAGUGGCAGCAACUGGACCCUGCUCAGAGGACCCUGUAUAGGGAUGUGAUGCUGGAGAACUACAGCCAUCUGGUCUCCAUGGGGCAUCCAGUUUCCAAACCCGAGGUAAUCUCCAAGUUGGAACAAGGAGAAGAUCCAUGGAUCAUUAAGAGAGACAUAUCAAAUUGGAUUUAUCCAGACAGGAAGAGUAACCUUGACAACCCCCAAUCAUGUAUUUUUGGGUCUUUUUCCUUCCAUAAUAAGACACUUAAAGGAGUCACAAAGGAUGGUUCAUUGUACUCCAUUUUAAAAGUAUGUCACAUUGAUGGCCAGCUGCAGAGAUGUCCACAAAAUCAAGACAGACUUUUCAGUCAAGUAACAGUUAUCAGUAACAACAGAGUGACUCUGGAGGCAGGCCAUAAAUAUAAGGCAUUGGGGAAAAUGUUUCAAGAGUUCAUAGAGCCAGAUACUUCAAGACAAAGACCCCAUAACUAUGAUGAAUUUAAAAAGUACUUGAAAUCUAAUAUUGACCUACCUAGUUGUAAUGAGAUUGGUUCAAGAAAAAAUCCUGAUGAGAGAUUUGGAUGUGAAAAAUCAUCUAGCCACGAUGUGUCCAAUUCUAAUCUUGAGAAAAUUCAAAAUGGAGUAAUACCCUGUGAUGGUAAAAACAUUUUAACUAGACAAUCCCUUCUUCAUUAUAAGAAUGUUGAAACUAAAGAGAAAACCUGUGUAUGUAUUACAUGUGGAAAAGGCUUUGCUAAGAAGUUACAGCUUAUUGUACAUCAACGAAUUCAUACUGGAAAGAAACCAUAUGAUUGUGGUGCAUGUGGGAAAGGGUUCAGUGAGAAGUUUCAUCUCAUUGUACAUCAGAGAACUCAUACAGGGGAGAAACCUUAUGAAUGUUCUGAAUGUGGAAAAGCCUUCUCUCAAAAAUCAUCUCUCAUUAUACAUCAGAGAGUCCAUACUGGGGAAAAACCUUAUGAAUGUAGUGACUGUGGGAAAGCCUUCUCCCAGAAAUCACCCCUCAUUAUACAUCAGAGAAUCCACACUGGAGAGAAACCUUAUGAAUGUAGAGAGUGCGGUAAGGCCUUCUCCCAGAAGUCACAACUGAUUAUACAUCAUAGAACUCAUACUGGAGAGAAGCCAUAUGAGUGUACUGAAUGUGGGAAAGCCUUCUGUGAGAAGUCCCACCUCAUUAUACAUAAAAGAAUUCACACUGGAGAGAAACCCUACAAAUGUGAUCAAUGUGCAGAAGCCUUCAGCAGGAAGACAGAACUCAUCACACACCAGUUAAUUCAUACUGGGGAGAAACCUUAUGAAUGUACUGAAUGUGGGAAGACCUUCUCCCGGAAGUCACAGCUCAUCAUACAUCAGAGAACACAUACUGGAGAGAAACCCUACAAAUGCAAUGAAUGUGGAAAGGCCUUCUGUCAGAAAUCACAUCUCAUUGGACAUCAGAGAGUCCACACAGGAGAAAAACCUUAUAUAUGUACUGAAUGUGGGAAAGCCUUCUCUCAGAAGUCCCACCUCCCAGGACAUCAGCGAAUUCAUACAGGAGAGAAGCCUUACAUGUGUGCUGAAUGUGGAAAGGCCUUUUCUCAAAAGUCAGACCUUGUUUUACAUCAGAGAAUUCAUACUGGGGAAAGACCCUAUCAGUGUGCUACAUGUGGAAAAGCCUUCAUACAGAAGUCACAACUCACUGUGCACCAGAGAAUUCAUAACAAUGGCAAAACCAUAAUGAAGUGAACACAGAAAAGCCUUCAGUAUUAGCUCAAGCCUUAAUAAAUACUAGAAACCUGAGUAAUUUGAUAAAUUUGUGGAAGACAUCAUUAUACAUAAAGUUUUACAAGAUAAUUCAUGUCUGUAGUGUGAUGAUGUGUAAUUCAGCAAAGAUGAUGCAAAACUUAAUCUACAUGGCAUGUAUAGCUUUGAACUGAAUGGUCAAUAGAACAAAUUAUGUAUACAGAAUGAUGUCAAGUUACAUAUUCCUUAUUACACAAUAUAAUAAUAACCAGACAUUGUGAAAUUGCUAAUAUUAGCUUAUCAUAGUUUUGGCCAUACAGCCAGACCCUAUAGAGGACAUGGAGAAAGCUUGAAUAAAAAAUAAAUAAAUUCCUAGAAAUUGCAUUAUAAGGAGGGGCUUAGCAUGACCCCUAAUGAUACUUGUAAAAUUCUUGUGCAAUGAUGGAAAGAGAUAGUUAAUCAAAUGCAAUAAAGGUGAUGUUUAUGUGUUUCCCCAUCUCAAGCAUAUAGAUUGACCUGUAUCUCUGGAAGUGUCCUGAACCUUGAAAUGGAUGCUUCUUGACCAGGUAUCCCCUUUAUUUCCUUCACUGGGAAUUUGGAAUGGUGGAAAGACUUUGGUACAGAACCAGAUGGUCUU